UUGUUGCAAUUGCGGAGGAUUUUUAGUUUGCACGAGCUCACUGCAAUCGUGGAAUCAAUCAAAUCGUACCAGAUGGACGUUAUAUCUCCUCAAGUGAUGUGGAUAGGUACACGAUGUUAUCGUGUCAAUCAAACAAAAUCGAUAGCGCACCAAGCCACGAAUUUAAACGAAUCACAAACAUAUGUGGAAGAAGAUACAUAUGGCGAGGACGAUCGAGAAGAGGAAUACGCUAUCGAUGUGACCAGCAAUGGCAAAUAUCAAACUUCUUUCCAUGUUCCCUCUGUAUUCUAUGCGUUGAUCAUUGGUACGAAAGGACAAACCCGUCAAAGAUUGGAAGCCGAAACUAAGGCACAGAUACGGGUGCCCAAACAAGGACUGACGGGUGACAUCGUGAUUACAGGCACUUCGAGAAAAGCGAUAUCCACUGCACGAUCCCGAAUCGAACUGAUCGUAACAGGGGCACGAAACAAACAACAAUUCACCCAUUUUCUUUCAGUGCCACUGAACGUACCGGAGGUGAUCAAGCGGUUCCUCGAUUUUCGACAUAAAGUCGUCAACAAACUGCCCCGCGCCUUCUGCGUUGAUGAGUCUCUUUUUCAACAACCAGAUAAAUUACACAUAACCCUAUGCACGAUGAGCCUGAUGGACAACGAGGAUAGAUCCAAUGCCGCACAAAUACUGCUGGAUUGUCAAGAAUCGAUAAUAAGCCCAAUUUUCAAAGAAAACGGUUCGCUAGAGAUCCGAAUCCGAGGGCUAGAGUACAUGAACGAUGAUCCUCAUAGUGUAGAUGUGCUUUAUGCCAAAAUAGAGUCCCCGGUUUUGCAAACAGCAGCUAAUCAAAUUUACGAAUAUUUCUUAUCAAAGGGUUUGAUGCAGAGGAAGUACGAACAGGUGAAACUACAUACCACGUUAAUCAAUUCAUUGUUCCGGGCAUCUCAGACAGAAGUUGUCAACGAAAAAGAAGCUGAACGGAAGCGUAUCACGUUCGAUGCGAGUGAAAUACUGCGACUGUAUGGAGAGUUUGAUUUUGGUAGCUUGGUGCUGAAUGAAAUUCACCUUUCUCAACGUUUUUCCACUUCCUGCACUGGUUACUACGAAGCAACGGCAGUUAUGAAAUUGAGGAAUGAAUAAUAAUUCUAAUACGUGCAAGUGAUUGCAAUAACUCUGCAAUGGGUUAUGAUCCGAAACCACUUAAAGGUCUCACACUCUUUCCUACCCAACUCCUAUUCCAUCAAUUCCUCGUCGUUGAUAGAAAAAGCAUCUGUCACGUCUUUCCAAGCUUGUGGAGGGGUGGACAGUCGUUGAUAAUUAGUUGUUUACGCAAUAAAUUUAAUAUAUCUAACAACGUAGACUUCAUUCUGUCCGAUAACCCUAUAAGCCAAUCCAACCUGCUUAAAUUCCUUAAAGCUACCGACCUUUACCACCAGAUAUAAAAAAAAGACAAUAACACGAGCCAUCUACAACAAGAGACGAAUGUCGCCGCAAGUCGCAAAGUCUCUAUAAGCAGAAACAACAACAACAACAUAAUUAGUUGUUUCCUACAUUUUAUGUAUCAUUCUUACACCUGUACACCGCAAAUCAAUCGUAGCCACGAAUGAAUAGCAUAUAUGAUAGUAAAUUCAUGGGACCAUGCGAACAAAACCUUAUAAAAGAAAAAGAAGCUAUAUCUAUCCUAUUGCCUUAGAUUCGAUUG